UUGUGGUCUUGAAUUAAUUAUGAUGAGUAAUAUUAUAAUUAGAUUUUGUUUUUCUAAAAUACCUUAGCUCAAGAACUACCCUUUCAAAUUCGAUUGGAUACAGAUAGAACUGAUAUGAAACAAUGGGCAGUUAAUACAGAUGGAACUCAAGAACGAUUCGUUGCAGCUUUAUGUCAAGCUUUUCUUAUACCAAUUAAAUCUAUACGUAUUGAUAGCAUUGAACCUGAUGAUGGCAAUUUAUUUUUAUUUGUUGAACCACCUUAUGGUAAGAAUGUAGUCGAUAGUUUAAAUGGAACGGCUCCAGAUGCUGCUGCACGAAUGAAAGCAGUACGUAAAUGUUGUUGUGAUCUCAAUGCAAAUGUUGAAUCAAUUACACUUGGCGAAUUCAAUUUGAAAGUUGAACAUAGAUUGAUGGAUCCUAGAUGGAAUAAAAAAUAUGCUUGGUCGAAUAAUAAUCCUGAUGAAGGACAAUACUGGGCGAAUCCAAUCAAUCAAGGUGGUAAACCUUAUCAUUGUCCUUCAGGUUGGAUACGUUUUGGUGUUAAAGUAGCUGAAAAUGAGAAAGAGUUCGAUGCUCGUUGGGGUAAUUGGUAUAUUGCCUAUCAUGGAACGCGUGGUGAAAAUGCAUCAAAAGUUCUUACAUCAGGUCUUCGAGUUAGUACAGCAGGAUGUUUUUAUGGUGAUGGAGUACCACGAGUUUAUGUCUCACCAAGUAUUGAAUAUUGUGGUCAUCCACGAUAUGCUUUUCCAUGGAAGCAAGUAAAAAAAAAUGGCGAAAUUCGUUGGUAUCAAUUAGUUUUUCAAUGUCGAGUUAAUCCAACAUCUAUUUCUAAAAUCGGUCCAGAAACAUUAAUUCCCAAAGAAUAUAAACAAACCGUAAAAAUUGAUCCAAAUUUUGAUAAUAGUGAAUUAGAAUGGAUUAUAUUAGGUAAAAAUGAUGAGCAAUUUAUUAAUGAUGAUAUUAUUUGUUAUGGUUUAAUGAUGCGUAUAUCAACUGUCGAACCAGAGAAUUUGACAUUAUGUGCAUGGUGGAAACACUCUCUUUAUUCCGAUAUUUAUAAGGAAUCAUAA